UUGGCUAAGGAGUGCGCCGUGCCUCUAUCCUCCAAAUGCGACAAGGGUUGAGGUGCUCCGUGGCAUCCUUUGGAGGGCGUAGCAGUGGGGGAUUAUGCAGACUUGGCGCUCGGUGGCUUGAAAGGCUCCAGAUCGCAAACUUCCAUCGUUGCACGAACCUAUCAUAAUGGUGGAUAGUAUCUGAGGAUUGGCCAGUAUCGAGAACCUGCCACGGCUGCUGCAUGCUCCCAUGUCUAUUGGUCUGCUGAAAGAGUUCCUUGCCAUUACGCUAGGAUAGGCUGCCGUGCCCAGAUACUUAUCACUCUAUUGGCUUGCUUCAAAGCCAGGAGAUAUUGAACUUUUCUUCUCAUCUUUGCCGUCUUUACGAAUUUCGUUUUACUUACAUCUCGAUCACUUCCUCAAGACUAGUAGGUACCUUGGAAAUUCCAGGCCCUUGCUUACAAUGAGAAUUGUUUGCGUUCAAUUCGCCCCGCAAGAUGGUGAGGUGAAGAAGAAUACGGAGCGUGUUGAUGAAAUCCUCAGGAAGCUGGCUCCAAAGGAUAUAGAUCUCCUGGUUUUGCCCGAGCUAGCGUUCUCUGUAGGGCUUACGUCUGGACCGUUGCACGCCAUCAAGGGUUGCCUUGAAACUACCGAGAGGAGUAUUACUCGAGCUUGGGCGUCACUCCAGGCCUUGAAAUACCGAUGCGUGGUUAGUGUUGGAUACCCAGAGGCAUUCACCCCUCCAAAUAACCCCGCAGUACCGGAAUAUUACAACUCGGUCAUUACGGUCAACGCAAACGGAGGAACUAUCGCGAAUUACCGCAGGUCCAUUCUAUACGACAAAUAUUUGGACCUAGAAGGAGCGGAUAGUUUCUUGUAUAAAAAAACAUCUGGGCUAGGGAAUGUCGCGAUGGGGAUUUUUACGCCGUCCAUGAAGGACGGAUAUACAUUUGCAGACCAUGUGCUUGAUACACAGGCGGAUCUUGUUAUUCUUCCAAUGGCAUGGCCGGCCACUCCGGACCGAAAAGAUAUAGACAUGGAUGCGGUGACUUCCUGGCUCGCCGCCCUCAAGCCGAUCAUUGAAACUCAAAUGAGUCGUGAAAUUAUUUGCGUCUUCGCAAAUCGAAUUGGAUCCAACAACAAACCCCAGUAUGCGGGCACGAGUGCGGUAUUAGGCAUUACAGGCGGCCAAGCCCGUAUUAAGGUUUACGGCAUCAUGACAUGUAGCGGCGAGGGGCUUCUUAUCGUUGACACAACCAACAAACCAGAAAAGUGGCUUCAGCUCGAGACAUCAAAUUCCACGCAAGGCGGAUCGGAUUCACCGACC